AUAUCCGGACUUGGAUGUGUAUAUCCGGAUUUGCUAUCCUGCCCUCAGGCAAAUCCAACUCGAAUUGAAAUUGUGGGGUGGAAACAAUGAGCUCUUCGGCCCCGGCACCCGAGAAUGCAGAACGCGCGGCCGUGCUCCAAGCCUACCGCAGCAAAGUGCUGGAGCACCGCGAAGUGGAGGGCCGUGUGAAGAGCAUGCGCGAAAACGUCAAGACGUUGGUGAAGGAGUACCACAAAACAGAGGACGACCUGAAGGCGUUGCAGAGCGUGGGGAUGAUCAUCGGCGAAGUAUUGCGGCAGCUGGACGAAGAUCGCUUCAUUGUCAAAGCAAGCAGCGGUCCUCGUUACGUGGUGGGUUGCCGAACCAAGGUGGAGAAAGACAAGUUGAAGAGCGGGACGCGCGUCGCAUUGGAUAUGACGACAUUGACAAUCAUGCGAUAUCUUCCCCGCGAAGUCGACCCCACCGUGUACCACAUGCUCAAUGAAGAUGCAGGCAACGUGUCCUUCUCGAGCAUUGGGGGAUUGAACGAACAAAUCCGCGAAUUGCGCGAAGUCAUCGAACUGCCUUUGACGAACCCCGAGCUGUUCCUCCGCGUCGGCAUCAAGCCGCCCAAGGGUGUUUUGUUAUAUGGCCCCCCUGGGACCGGGAAGACGUUGCUGGCCCGUGCAUUGGCGUGCAAUAUCAACGCUACGUUCCUCAAGGUCGUCGCCAGUGCCAUCGUCGACAAGUACAUUGGCGAGAGUGCUCGUGUGAUCCGUGAAAUGUUUGGCUACGCGCGUGAUCAUCAACCUUGCGUCAUCUUCAUGGAUGAAAUCGAUGCGAUCGGUGGGAGUCGCUUCUCGGAAGGGACGUCCGCGGAUCGUGAAAUCCAGCGCACGCUCAUGGAGUUGCUCAACCAACUCGAUGGGUUCGACUCGUUGGGCCAAGUAAAGAUGGUCAUGGCUACGAACCGGCCGGAUAUUCUCGACCCUGCGCUCCUGCGUCCGGGUCGAUUGGAUCGCAAAAUUGAAAUCCCGUUGCCCAACGAAGCGUCCCGUAUGGAUAUUUUGAAGAUCCACUCUGGACCCAUCACGAAGAAAGGCGAUAUUGAUUACGAGUCGAUUGUCAAGUUGACGGACGGCUUUAACGGCGCCGAUAUCCGAAACGUGUGCACGGAAGCGGGUGUGUUUGCAAUCCGUGCCGACCGCGACUUUGUGUUUGAGGAAGACUUUAUGAAGGCCGCGCGCAAGUUGGCCGAGACCAAGAAGCUCGAGAGCAAGAUGGAUUACAGCAAGGUCUAGAGAUAUAGCGUUCAUACCCAAAUAUCGUAUGUCUUCAUGCCGAUAUUGCCGCCUUCAUUGCUGCUGCGGUGUGCAUCCUCCCUCGCAUGAUACACAGCAAACGCCAAGGUGACGAAGUGAGCAUCACCC